UUUUUUUUAAUUUAAUGGCGAUUAGAUGGCGGACGGGGUUGGUGCUAGUGUUUGACUGAAAAAAGGAAGUGAAGGAGUUCUAUUCAUUUAUUUGUAUAAAACAUGAAUUUAAAAUAUCUUUUUCCAACAUGUUAAUUUGAUGUCCUUCAAAAAGAACUUGUAUAUAAAGGUUUAGGGAAGUAAUAGUGCCAUAGCAACAAUCAUCAUACUUUUGCCCAUUUCCUUUGUGAUCUAGAUACCUCUUUUUUGGAGUGCAAUUCAAGUUUUGGUGUAUUGUGACUGACAGUGUACAUUUAAAUUCUGCGUAAAAUAGUGUUAAAUUGUUGUAUAAAAUGUUUUGAGUAAGAAUUAGUUAGUGAUUUUCUUUGUAACCUCGAAUGCGGAAGUUUGGUGAUAUAGCCGCUACAAUGGUCGAAAAUACUCGGCAAGUGUGAUAAAGGGUAUUGAGUUUAUGUUAGUUGUUGAUGAUUAAAGUGAUAAUCUCAUGAUGCAUGAACUUUGAGUAAGAGUGAUGAAAUAAUGGUUGAAAUAGGAGCCCCUCAAAAGUCAGCCGAAGAGAGUUUGGAGAAUGCCGAAUGGUAUUGGGGUGAUAUCACUCGCGAUGAAGCGACGGAGAAACUUAGAGACACUUGCGAUGGUACCUUCCUGGUGCGCAACGCAUCUAACAAAGAUAGUGGUUAUACUCUAACAGUGAGAAAAGGGGGUAUGAACAAACUUAUCAAAAUCUAUAAUCAUGAGGGGCGCUAUGGAUUUUGUGAACCAUUUGAUUUCAAAUCAGUGGUGGAGCUUGUUCGCUUCUAUAGAGAGUUCUCAUUGGCACAUUGCAAUAGUAGCCUUGAUAUCAAGCUUAUGUACCCAUUGUCUAGACUUGUUGAAAAUGAAGGUGAAGAAAAUAUGAGUGAUGACACCCUUGAAACUAAGUUUAAGGAAAUUCACAAAAGAUAUGUGUUAAAAACAAAAGACUUUGAGGGCCGGUCUUACAAAUAUACAAUAUUAAGAGAAGAAGUUAAUAGGAAAAAGCAAGCACUAGACGCCUUUAAAGAGACAGUAAGAAUCUGUGAAGAACAUUUAAAGUUACAAGAAAAGAUGCAAGCUGAAGCACAGCCACAUGAAAAGAAUACUGUAUUAGAAAAUAAUAGGAACUUAAUAUCUAGAGUCCAUAGCCUAAGGAAAGCUAAAACAGAAUUGAAUGAAAUUUUGAAAGAUACAGUCACAGCUCAAUUACUUCUUGAGAGAGAAAUUGCCAAACUGAAGUCUGACGUUACAGAUCUCUACAAAAGAAAAGAUCGAUAUAAAGUAUGGCUACAAGGAAGAGGAAAAACAGAUGAGUACUUGCAUUUAUUAGAAGAUGACAAUAUACACAAACUGGAAGAACUGUAUGCUCACAGAGAAAUGAGUAGUUGGAAAGUUAAUUGUACUAGAGAAGAAGCUGAAAAGCUCCUUAUGGGAAAACCUCAAGGCACAUUUUUAAUUCGGCCUAAUUCCACUGGUCAAUUAGCUUUAUCUAUUUGUUGUAACAACAUGGUCUACCACUGUAUUAUCUUUAAGACUGAAAGAGGUUAUGGAUUUGCAGAACCUUAUAAUGUAUAUGAAACAUUAAACGAGCUUGUCCUCCACUAUGCUGUGAACUCUUUAGAAGAACACAAUGAACAAUUGAAAACAGAACUGAAGUACCCGGUUAAUGCGCAUGCUGUGAAGAAACCUGAAAAAAAGCAGUAAAGUUGCAAUGCUGAAAACAUUGUGGUAACCAGUUUGUCUACUAGUAGUAGACAUUGAUCGUAAUAACGAUGUGUGACACCCAUUACUUAUGGGAACAGAAGUCAAAUUUAUCUUCUUGUGAACCUGAAGUAAUCAAUGAUAAAUUAUAAAUAUUAAACAGCAUCGAAAACUUAUCACCCAAAGAUGAUAUGCUGAAUGAUGAAUCAACAAUACGAAAAUUGCAGAUUGCAAAUGUCUAUCAAUUUCAUGAUUGUUUCUACUAAUGUAUUGUGAGGGAACAUAAUAAUACGACAAGAAAGUAUUCAUGUACAGGAAUGUAAUGUAAGUUGAUACUUCUGUGUUUUAUAGCUUUAUAGUGUCGUUAUAAUAUGAUCAAAUAUUAUUGUACAAAUAAAAUGCUUUGGUACCCAUGUACAUGGUACAUACCAUAUUGUUUUAGACUUGUGCACAAUUAUCAUUAACAUCAUUUAAAAAGUUCUUUACUUUACUUGAUUUGGUUUUAUUUUUAUUGUGAUAAUAUUGUGAUAAAACCAUAAUCAGUUUAGAAAUCCCAGUUAUUUUAUGAACAUUGAAAAUGAUUCUCAGGAGCUUUUAAGAGUUUUGAGUUAUUACUCUGUACACAUAUUUUUAUAUUUGUUAUUUUACAAAGAUUGGAAAAAUGUUCUUCCCUUAUUAAAAUUUUGAUGUUGUUAAAUUGAUCGGGGCCUUUAUGGAUCAGCAGCAAUGGUGGAAGGAUUUAAUAAAUUACAGCUGAUUCGAAAUUGGAGACUGUUGAGAACAAAAUACUAUGAAGUCUUAUGUAAGCUCUCAAUUCAAAUUUAUAUUGAGUCUGCAUCUAUUACACCUAAGUUAACCCAAAAAUAUAAAUUAAUACUAAAACAGAAAACAAUUGUUUGGCCUAAAGUUUAUUUUUUCAUAUUCUUAUCUUUUUUUAUCAGAUGCAGACUUAAUACAUGGAAAGUUCUCAUAGAGAUGUAUAUUAUGUAUGUGAUAGUAAUGUAUAGCGUUUUAGAGUUUUCGUAUUUGUGUAUAUUAUGUGAUUAAUUUUUGUUACAUUAUUUUUAAUGGGUUAUUGUGAGAUAAGAGUAAAGUUAUUUAAAUAAAUCAAUGAAAUAAAUAACUACAUCUAUUUCAAUGAUUCAAAGAAUUCUAUUUCAAAGAAUAGGGUUCUUGUGUAGUGAUUAAUUUCUUGUUAUUUUAAUCUGCAAAGUAUAUUGUCUUGUUUGCCUUUAUAACAAGAGUUCUAUUCAUGAUGUGGGCUUAGUUAUUGUAUUGUAAUUAUUUUCUAAAUAACAGGAAAGUGUUAAUUGGCAGAGAAACGAAAAUAUGCUAGGUACCUGUUUCUAUAAUGAAAUACAAUCAUAGAGUAUCCUGACUUAUGUCAUUUUAGUAAAAAUUACCAUUACCAAAACAAACUGAACUGAAGCUAAAAGGGUAAAUUUCGAGUGUUGUAUUUUUUUUAAAGAUGGUCAAAAAAAUCUAGAUCGUUAUUGCAGCUUUUUUAAAAUAACAUAAGUUUCGAUAUUCCUGGGAUAUUAAACAAUAUUAUAAAAUGUGCAGCAAAAAUGAUUUACUCAACAUCAUUGGAUUUAUUGUCUGUUUAUGACAGAUUUCACAGCUUUCUCUCAUAAAAUAAUGUGGAAUUAUCUAAUUAAUCAAUACAAAAUUUAGAUCUGAUACAAAAUAGUGUCUAAGGAGAACUAGACAUUCAUUAAAUAAAUUUCAUAGAAGCAGGUACUAAAGUUAAUUAUAUAACUGUAUGUAUGAGAAGUAAGUUAUAUUUACUGGUCGCAAAUCAAAACAUCAUGUAAAAUUAAAUAUAUAUUAAGUUAGUAUGAAUAUGUCUGCUGAUUUGAUUUCAGUAAACAACAUGAUCAUAUGAUUUGCCACAGUGGAUGUCUUUAUGAUUUCAGUGCGUUUAAGUACUGAUUUAUUACUUGGAAAUGUGUUGUUUCGUGUAUAUUAGUGUGCGAGUCUCGUCAAUUAAUAAUUUCUGUUUAUUUUCUUUAUGUAAGAAGAGAUGAUAUGUAAUUGCUAGUACCUAGAUCGUAAGUAGGACUAACCAAUUCGUAAAAGUUAUAUUUAUAUUAUGUAAAAAGUUUCCACUAAAGCUUCAUAAGUAAUUCAUCUAAAAUUAAUGAGGCAAAGAUAAUCUUAAAACAAUCCUUCUGAUUGCCAAAUGACUUGAGUAUUCAAAAGAAAUACUGAUAAUACGAUAAUGUGCACUAAGAAUUAUAUUGGGUGUGAAAUAUUUGAUAUAAAAAGGUGAUGAUAAUUUCUUCCAGCAUUAUAUCCGUAGAAUCUUAGAACUAUCUAAUUAUCAUUUGAGUGUGUGUUAGUAUCUUAAUAGCACAUACAUACAAAAGCUUUAAAAAUCCACCACAGCACGUCCAAAAUAUCUACGACUGUGAUAGUCAUACUUAUUCCAAAAUGUACCAAUUACAAAUAUUUAGGUACGGAUUCAACAAAACAACAAACAAAUAAUAUUUUGUAACUGAUUGCGACCUCCUUAUCAGUGCUGUGAAAUACGGUGAAAAAUAUUAAAUUCACAGCUAAAUGACAACGAUCUUAAAAGAAAAUUUUUGAAAGUAUUAUGAAUUUUCUCAACAGUGGCCAUGCGGUCGGUUAAAUUAAGACUAAUCCAUCGAAUUAAUAUUCCAUUAUGUAUUAUAAAACCAAGAAACGAACUUAUAACUGAAAUUGGUUUCUAUUCACCCAAUGUAGAAAUUCUUUUAGAUGAAAGGCAUGAAACUUAAUACCAUUGCUUGAUAAUUUAACAGCAGCUUUGAACCGUUAUCAAAAUGUCUUAUUGGAAUGCAAUUGUUGUAUUUAUUACAAAUGAAAGUCACACACUGAUAACAGCAUACGACCCAGAUUCGUCAGUGAAAUCGUGUAUAAAACUGUUUUUACAAAAAAAAAAAAUAUAAUUUAGAUUAUACAUAAUAUAUACUUACCUAUUUACUUAUAAGUUUAAAGAUUAUAUAAGUGAGAUUAUUGAUCGCGUUAUUUUUGUAUUCAAGUCAAUAAUACGAUUAUCAUUAUAAUGCAAAAUAUUCUGAUUUGGAAUUUUAUAAAACUAAAUAUCAUUACAUUAUGAUCUCAAGAGUGAAUUAUCACAUAUGAUAAUUCAGAUGUUUGUUUGAUAGUUUUCUAUGAACCAUAAUAAUAACUCAAGUCAAUAGCAACCAAAUUGAAAAAUUUGCAUAAAUAAGUUAACAUUGAAGGCGCCAUUUUAAUAAGUGUAAUAGUAGAACGUUUUAAUAAGUGUUAAUAAACAAACUAUCAAUGA